AUGGCGCUACACCCGCCGCAAGAGGCAGCUAAGCUCAUCUUUGCGCCCACGGGUACGGCCGGGGCAGACUCUCCGGCGCCCCUGGCCGUUCCAGGUCCCGCUCGCCAGGCCGGCCAGUUCCUCAAGGCCGAGCAGACUGGCGGUCUGCGUCGACAGGAUCUCGACUCGGAGGACCCAAUCAAGCAGUUCCACGCGUGGUUCCGCGGAGCUUCUCAGCCCGAGGCUGGCAUCGCGCACCCGGAAACCUGCACCCUCUCCACGGCCCAGCUGCCCUCAGGCCGCGUGUCUUCGCGCAUCGUGUACAUGAAGGAGCUCGACCCGACCGGCUUCGUCAUAUACAGUAACUUCGGCACCAGCGGCAAGGCGCGGGACCUGUUUGGCACCGCCGACGAGUCCAGCACGGGCAACCCCUGGGCGUCGCUCGUCUUCUGGUGGGAGCCGCUGGAGCGCCAGGUGCGCGUCGAGGGCCGGGCAUCGCGGCUCGAGCCGGCCGAGAGCCGGCUCUACUUCGACACGCGGGUGCGCGGUAGCCGCAUCGGGGCGUGGGCGAGCCGGCAGAGCGCUGUGCUGGCCCCGGACUUUAUGAACAGCCAGGACGACGGGCGGGCGCAGCUCAACGGGUGGGUGCGUGAGGAGGAGGCGAGAUUUGAGGGCCAGGACCAGAUCCCCGUGCCUGAGUUCUGGGGCGGCCUCAGGAUCGUGCCCGAGCGGGUCGAGUUCUGGCAGGGACGCCAGAACCGCCUGCACGACCGCUUCGUCUACGACCGCCUACACGGCGCGGGCAGCGACGAGGCCCAGGGCGGAGAGCCGACCUGGAGUCUGGAGAGGCUGAGCCCUUGA